UAUAGUAUAUUAUAAGCUUAUGCGUUGCCAUGCAAUAAUCAUCAAAAAUUCAAAAUCAUGGAGAAUUUUGCUCUGUUUCAUCAUGUUCUUCUGAUCGCCAUUUUUAUUAUACCAUCCAUUUCUAGGCCUAAUGUUAUAUUGCAGCCAAAUGCUGAAGUGUGUUUAGGUGCUCUGGUGACAUUUACCUGUACUGUGAACGGGACUCACGUGGCAUGGCGUUAUGAUGAAGCUGAUGGUGGUGGUGACACAGAUUCAUACUUUGGUGCCCGGGGCAGCACGGCUAAUUUGCGCCCACUUGGACGGGCACCAUUCAGUACCAGAGUCACUGAUGUAUCUGGUGGUAUAAUCACGUCAAUAGCAACUUCUUCUAAUCUAACUCGUCGUGCUAAUGGAGUGACACUUGAGUGUUCUAAUGGCCUAUUUCUCCCUGGUUCUGAAAUAGUUAGUGUUACCUUACCUUUACAAGAUUUAUCAGCUGUCCUAUUCGUUUGUAAGGAGCUAAUAGGAAGCUCUUUAUCAGAACUUAUCAUUCAUAUCUGUUGGCCAAAGUCUACAUGUGCUCCUUCUUAUCAAGUAAAAGUUAUGAGGGAUGGUCAACCGGUGCUUCAUAAUAUAACUGAAGACACGUGCUAUGAGUACAAUGUUCCUGAUAAUGAUAUUGGUACUUACACAAUGUAUGUGAGAAGCAUUGAUUACUUUGGAGUGAUAUCAGAUCAACCUACAAACACUACAAUUCAUAUUAGACGACCUAAUAUCACAGUUGGGUAUCGUUUUAAUUGUCACUCAAAUAGUAUUUUAAUCAUAAUUGAGGAUUCUUUUGAUGAUCAACUUCCUAUUACAUUGUGUAAUGUUAGACUAAUGUCAGAUGAUGGAUCAUAUAAUGAAAAUAAAGACUGUACCAAAGGGAAUAUGUUUGAAUUUAAUAAUGCCAUGUGUGGACGAAAUUAUACAUACAAUGCUAUUAUUAGUAAUGUUGUUAAUUCAUCAACUGAAUCUGGUCUAAUAAAUCUUGCGUAUCCAUCAGUGACAACAACUACCUAUCUUGUGUAUCCAUCAGUGACAGCAACUACCUAUCUUGUGUAUCCAUCAGUGACAACAACUACCUCAUAUUGCAGCUCUACCACUAUGUCAUCUUCACAAUGUCCUACUCCAACACCAUGUCCUCCUUGUCCUAGUAGUAGUCCACAACAAGAAUCUGAACUACCUCUUUGGGCUCUUAUUAUUGUCUUUGGUGUCCUGUUUGUGUCUGCUCUUACAUUCAUUAUUCUACAGCUAUGGCGGAGGCUUCGUUGUUGCAAUCUUGAGUGUUGGGAUUCAGUAUUAUGUACUUAUCUCUUGUGCGAUUGCUUAAAGAAUUGUUGUCGUAAAGAUGAAAAAAUAAAAGCAAGAUGUUUAAGGACAAAGUCACUUGAUGAAAAACAAGAAACUGCUUCUCAUCUUUAAGACAGGAAUUAUUACAACAGCUGCUUUAAGUAUUGUCAUUUCUGUAAUUAAUUAGAGAAAUACUUUAAAAAGAUUACUAAUUAUUAAUUAUA